UCAAUGUAGUAGUGAACAAGUUUUUAAAAGUAGCUGAUCUGAUAGUAUAACCAGACGUCAGCUGUUCUCGGAGUCCAAGCGUCAAGUUAGACAGAAAUGGCUGCGCUGGUGGCAGGUGUAAAGUAUGGGUUGUCAUCGCAAGAACCCAAUUUUCAGGAUAAAUCUUUAAUUUUUGUAAAACUCACAGACUCAGCACUUAGAGCAAUAGAAGAGCAUCUUAAAAAUGCGGCCAAGUCAAGCGGCUCGCCGUCUAUCCAGUUCCUAGGAAAUGAAGGGCACCUGACAAUCCCCUCGCAUGAGGUCCCUGGAGGUCAAGCUAGGUUUAACUUCAGUAUCUCCAGUGAUGAAGACAAACAAGGGAGCUUCGAGUGCGUCCAGAUGACCGGACAACGGUCUCUGGCCGCACUCGGAGCUCUCACAUGCAAGAUGCGUAUUCAGGCUAAGGAAGAUGUAUAUGAAGCAACGAGGCACAGGGUAGCGGCAGCAGAGGAGCAACAAAAGAAAAAUUGCACUCAAGUUAUAAAACAGUCAGAUCUUGGCAAGACAAAAGGCAGGCGAUCAACCAAAUGGGAGGAGCAUCGCAACGAAAGAAUAGCUGCAGCCACAGCUGCUGCCCAGAAUGGGCCUGGCGGGCGUCGAGAAUACUCACGCACUCGGCCGCCCGCGUCUACUUCGCGUGAAACCAAUCUAUUAGGACUUUCUGCAAAAUCAUCGUCACCCAACAAUAGCUACCAGCGCAGCAACCCCCACCCCAAGUCGCAAACUAAUCCAGACAUCUCCAAACGCCCGCUCAAGGAACGACUGAUCCAUUUGCUUGCUUUGAGAACAUACAAGAAAUUAGAACUGUAUGACCGUGCUGUCAGAGAUGGGUGGAAAGGGAGCAGUAGUUCUCAACUAUUUUGGAUGCAAGUGAAUCAGGUGGCGACUUUUAAGGCAAAUGUGUACCAGCUAAAACGGGAAAUGUGGGCAGAGGUUCAAGAAGAGUGGCCAUUCUACACUGAGCAGGACCGUGCUCUUUUGAAGAGACGGAAACCUCAAAACCUUACUCCACCUGGUAAUAGCGAUGGAGGAAGUUCUGUCAGCAGUGGACAGUCUCCAACAUCCACGCAUCCAGGCUCCCCACCUUCUAUUAUAUCAGGCAUUAGUAAUAAACGUCCAGGCUACUAUGAAUCUGCUGAUGGUUUUCAAACCAAACGCCAGCGAAUCUCCCAUUAUGUAAAACCUGAACCUCCCCCAACUAACUCACCAAAUCUGUUCAGUUCUGGCCUUCCCUCUUUGGAUAUGGAUUCUGACUGUCCAACUAGACCUUCAAAUUCACCAUCUCGCAAUGAGCGUGUUCCAAGGCCUGACAGAAAUGAUUGGUCUGAACGCUCAGAUUGGAAUGAUCGUUUAGACAGACAAGACAGAGAUCCAGUAGAGAAAUCAGACCGGCCAAACCAAAUGGGUUGGAAUGAACGUAAUGACUGGAAUGAUCGGGGAGAACGGACAGAGAGAAACAAUGACCGUGCAUAUCGCAUAGAUCGUCCUGAAAGAUUUGACAGAAGUGAACGAAAAGACUGGAAUGAGAGAUCAGAAUGGAACAGGGAUAGGAGAGCUUAUGAUAAUUCUUGUGAUCAGGAGAAUCAGUUUCAAUACAAGACGGACAGUACAUUCAAAAAAAAUAGUGAUAAUAGUGCAAAAGAAAAGUUUGCUCAGAAAAGUGAAUCUGUUAAUGCUGACAGUGCAUCGCGAAUGGGUGAUACUAAAGUCAAUGGGCUCUCCUCUGAUAGUCGGGGACGCAGCUUUAAUAGUUCAUCUGACAGGGACCGCCUUGCAACAUCAUCUACGCUACCUAAAGACAGACUCUCACCAUUGCCUAGACCGAGGAACUCGGGAAGGGAUGGUUACAAUGGCUCAGAUUCUUUAAUGGAUUCAAGAACAAAUUGCAAGCAGGUUCCUGGUGAGACGAGGAAUUUAUCAUUGUCUCGUCGACCAGGAGAAGACCCCCGGGAUGGAAGAGAUAGCAGAGACCGUGUUCUUACCCAGAUGUCUAGUAGCAGAGCUCAAGAGUCUCACCAUGACAAUUUUGAUAAGAACCAGUUGUCUGCUAACUCUAGGUUGAGUGCAGUCCAAGACGCACCACGCUCAGACAAAGCUAGCCAAUAUACAUAUCCAGAGUUCCUUAAAGAAUACACGAAAAUUGAAAAUGGUGAACAGAGGCGCCAGUACAAAGCAGAUUUCAACAAAGAUUAUCGAGAGUAUCAGACGCUUCAUCAGAUGGUAGAAAGAGUGUCACAACACUUUGCACAGUUAGAGAAAAGACUUCGACAAGAAAAGGAAGGAAGUGAUGGCUACAAGAGGAUAAAGAACCAGAUUGUUCAGGAGUAUUAUGCCAACAAGAAAGAUGCAAAACUGAACGAAAGCAAGAAACGAUUUACGUAUUUGCAUGACAAGCUAUCGCAUAUCAAGAAGUUAGUGCAAGAAUAUGAUACUUCAACUCAGAAGGGAAAUGCUGACAGCUGACAUUGGGUACAAUGACCUUUAGUGAGGCUCUUCAAAUUCCAGAGUAUCAGCAUAUUGCCUUUUUUAACUCUGAGCAUUCUUGUAGGGGGUAAAAGCCAUAAGAUAGAAUUGCAAGUCAAAGUGAUUUAUGAGUACAAUCUGUUUUUGCUUGGAAAUGACUGUGUAAUGUUUGCGCACAAGCUGCUGUCACCAGUGGAAUGAUUUUGAUGCGGUGCCUGGCCAGCAAGACCCAUGAUACACCUGCCAUCAGUGCUCCCGCCUAGUUCUUAAUUAUUCAUUUACAUUUGCCAUCAUUUCUGACCAACUGACAUGUGACUGACUUGUGGGGUCUCUAAUUGCUCUACCAUCCUACACCACAUUUGCAUUCCUCCGUAACUGUGAGUUUCUUUUGAAAUGUAUCUUUGAAAUUUUAAACAAUUCUUUGUCUUCAAUAUAUUUUAACUAUGCUCAAAGAUGCAUAGACAUCUUCAAUCAUGUGACUUUUCACUUAACUUACAUUGAACUGGUGUAUAGUAAAAAUAAUCUUCCCUGAAAUAAGUUCUUCAGGUAUUUUUCUUUUUUAAAAAAAUAACAAAAAACACUUGUGAACUGUUCUAGUCCUAUUCUUUCUGUAAAUUUCCUGUUUCUUACUUUUGACCUUAUAUUUUCUUUCACAACAAUACAAGGUGUUGUGUCAGAAAGCAUUUCUGUCAGUCUUUUCCACAGUUUUGGCGGAAUUCAAAGGUGGUUCAUUUAGAUCCUCGUAUUUUUUAGGAAAUGUGGUGUUUAGAGUAUACUUAAUACUGAUCAUGUUGUGAUAAAAUUCUUUAUGGGAGGCUAGUGCAUUUUGUAAAGUACAAUUCCAUGACUACUCUGCUAAAUGUGGACUAUAGUCCAGUGUGAUUUCAUUCGGCGAUAUGUACUGAAACUUAGCGCCCAUGAGCCAAUAAAGAAUGCGUACUAAUGCAGCCAGGCAUUUGUCAUUAAGGUUAGUGGAAAUUUUCAGACACAUAUUACAAUCAAAUUUGUGAGGAUGUUUACUAAAAUGUUUUACUCCUUUUCUUCAAAUCUCAAUUGUAGAUCCAAUUGUCAUUUAUGUAGCAAGUAUAAUUAUCGAAUUUUGUGGCCCUUACUGUACAAAUUCUCAAUUCUGAAGGAUAUUUAAGAUUUUAUUAGUAGAGCUUAUGAAACCAAAUCUUGAAAAAGAUGCCUUUUUUCUAUAUAAUUUAAACAAGUGAAUGUGAUUAUGUUUUAACCUUGUGACUCAAAGGAUGAAAAUUUUUAUUUUGGUGAAGGUUACUCAGCGAAUACAAUAAAUUUCAUUUGAUUCUCUCCAUAUAAAGUAGUGUGUACAGAUAAUGUUUGGGUUUCAUAAGCUACUAAACCCUUCUCUAAUUUUAGCCACUCCUCCUUUCAUUGACCUGUGCUCUUUCUUGGAAAAAAAAGAAGAAAAAAAAAACACAAAAAUAUUACCUGCAAUUCUUAAAUUUUUCUCUAUUAAAAUAUCAUUUUCUCUUUUCCCUUUUUUUCUGAAAUAAAGCUUAACCAUCCUCACAUCCAAUGCAAUACCAAGGUGUGCUUUCUUAAUUGCGCUCUCCUAAGUUUGCAUUCAAUUUCAUUUCUGGUUGUGUAGAAACUAUUUUUUUUUUAAUUUUUUUUGUCUGCUCAAUGCAUUAUGAACAAAUGAAGUUUUCAGGUUUGGGGCUGUGCGCAUGCAUCCUCAAAUAUCAAUUGUAUGUGAUAGCUUCGUAUGCCCUACGAACAUUCAAUUAGUUAACUUUGCCAUAUACACAUACUUUAUCAAUUUCAUAUUCAGUUACUAAUUGUGUGUACGUUAUACUUUCUAAGGGCUAGUAACUCAAAUUUUCUGUACAUGUAUGUUUGUGUUCACUUUAGCUUUUCCAUUUAUCUAAAGGAAUUUUCCAUCAAGAAAAUCCAGCAUUGUGUGUUAUCUCAGGAUAGUCUGUAGGUACUUAAAGUAAUGAAAGACUGUGAGGAAAACUGUAUGCAUUGUCCCAUUUCUGAUACUUACGUAAAUUUGACUGAUAUGUACUUGCAAAAUCUUAUAUAUAUUAGUGGCACAAUGUAAUUUAUUCUUUUCAGAGAUUUUAAUGGCAGCUGUACUCUCUCUUUGUGUGUUUGUGCAGUUUUCAUUUUUGAUGAUUGAUGGCCCAAAUUUCUGUUAAAGUGUAUUCAAAGCAUAUUCUAAUUGUAAUGGACCAAAUCUGCUUGUUGUCUCUUCGUAAAAGAAUUUAAUUUACCAUGUUAUAGUGCAACAGGUGGUGCAUUAUGUUUUGAAUUAUCAGAAUCCCAAAUUAAUACUACUUGUAGACUGCGCACCAUUAUUGUUGUAUUCAGAUAGUUUAGAUGUGCACUCAUGUCAAAUGUUUAGAGCUGACUUGGUUUUGGCACACAUUUACAAAUCUAUUGGAGCUAUCACUAGUAGUUAAUGAAAGGAUUCAGAAUUAUUGAAGGGCUGCAACAUCCAUAUGACUGGUUUUAGGUCAUAUGAUGAUUUGGAGCUCUUCAGUGUUAUGAAAUUGUCGGUCAAGGAAGAGGACCAUUACCGUUGUUAUUGUUGUUGUUGACUUGAGUCCUUGCAUUGUAAGAAUGGAAUCCUUUUUGUUGUCUGUUUAUAUUGUUUGGUGUUGCUCAGGAUUUAUAUACUGUGCAUCAAUAAGGGUUACAAGCCAGAUCACUUCAAUAUUUGUGCCAAAUUGAUGGUUUAUUAGCUGACCUUCAAAAGGUUUUAACAGGAAAUUUGCCGUGUGCCUUGGAUGUAACUAGGAUGCUCAGGUCAUUUAUGAAGUCAAUGAUUUGAAACAGGAAGCCUCUUCUUUAUUUUCUGGUCAGUAUUGUAGGUCACCUAUUUGUCAGGUGGCUACAUUGUCUUCCAUCAAAUUGGUGGGCAUCAGUCUUUUUUCAAUCCCUCCCCCACUAAAGGCCUUUUGUCCAGACUCCAUUGAUUCAAUAUUAAAAGGUAGAAAGCACACUUGACUGUAAAAAUUAGGGAAAAUCAUUUUAUAAGUAUUUUUCAUACCAAUGAAGCCUAUUUAUGCAAACUGUGCUUGUUUGGUGGCAGAUCAUCUGAGUGCAGAGAAAUGAAACACAUUGCUUUCAUCUCAUAAUCGAUGGGUAUUCUGUUGCAACAAGCUAUUUUGAACAUUGAAUGUUAAUGACUGAUCAGGUUGCUAUAAGUAUUGGUUGUAACACCUAUGGUGUGCUUGGCUGGCCAUAUCUUGAGAAUCUCAAGCAAAAACUAAAAAAAUUGGGAUCAGUAGCUGUAAAUGUACAUAUGGCAGCUAGUUUAUGUCACGUAUAUUUUUUUAAGGGCCUAGUCUUUAUGACAUAGUUUAAUUUCAAGGCUGCUGGCAACGACCUGCACUUCCAAUACCUUUAUUUGCUGAGGUAUAAAUGUGAGUUGCUGGGUCAUGACACAUUGACCACAUGAAAUAUUACAGUAUUUUGAUGGGAAUGUUGUGGGGGCAUACAUUGGUAGCUUUUAGCUAAGCCUUGCAGUGAUCCUCAAAUUGAUGUAGACCUCAUUGAUGGGAAGGAAAAAAUCAAAACUUUCUUUUGAAAUCUUUUUUCAUACAAGCAUUAGUUCAUAAAUCUGCAAACUGGUAGGCUCAAAGACUAAGACCUCUUAUUGAUUGUGCUAAUUAGAGCUCAUUGAAGACUUUACUUGAGACUGCUGUUGUACUUUCUAAUACUCUCAGUACAUGGUACCUAAAACCCCCCAGGAAUUCUGAUGGGGAGGAAAUAACGAACUCAACAUCAACAAAACUUUGGUUUAAGUUAUUUAAUUUUUUUUCUAAAAUUAAUUUAAAGACGUCCUUGAUUUAAAUUUUCUAUCUAUUGUGUUAUGUGUAAUGUCAAGUUUUUUAAAAAACAAACAAAAAAACACCAUCAUGGUGACUAACUUACUUUUUAAAACUAUUGCGGUGCGAUUUUUCAAUAAGCAUCACAGUAUAUUUUGUUAUUCUCUGAUACGACCAGGUGUGCUUUUGUCACUCCUUAUUUAGAACCGUAUUUUUCUUUGAUUUUCAUAAUUUCGUUAUAUUGUACCAAGCAGUUUCAUUCUCUUUGAGCUCCAUUUAUAUUUAUAUUUGCUUACAAAGCUUGUGAUAAAAAAAUACUGAUUAUUUCACAGUUAUUGGAUUUUAUGUCAUCAGUUUUAUUGGUGCAUAAAACCAAUCUUUCUUCUAUUUGGCAUUAAGUUAGACAAUUUGUUAAAAGACCUAUGUGUCAACAGAUUUUAGCUCCUAGUAUGUUACUAAAAGUGUAAAUUUCAUAUUUUGAACUUCCCUUGUCCCCUUUUUUUGAUGAAGUGAACUCUAGUCUGUUAUAUUCUGGUUUAGUGAGGUGUGCGUUCGAUCCAGUUAGUGCUUCCUCCAUUUUCAUGUAUUAAUACCCUGCACUGUACUGCAACUGCGCAUUGUGACUGUUACAUUAUAAUUCCAGGGACUGUGACUGUGAUGGCUCCACACAUCUGACUUCCCUUUUUAAUAUUUGGAGUCUGCUGCCAUGAUUGCCAAAAGAAUGAUUGCAUGGAAGUUGUGGAUGAAGCGUACUACAGCAUUGUCAAUUUAACUUGGUUGUGGACUUGUGGUUUUUUAAUCAUUUGUGGGAAGACUUGUGAAGCAAUUUUGCUUCAAAAGCAUCUAGCUUCACUUAUCUUCCCCUGAUUGUUUGAAGUGAUUUAUGUUCCCCUAAAAUGACAUGUAAAGGGGGGUGAGAAAAUCUCUCUAUAUGGUAUAUGAUAUAUAUGAAAAAAAAAUACAAAAAUAAAUAAAAAUACAUGGCUUCAAUCGGCAAUGGUUGUGUCCCGGGCCGGAAACUUAAUAACAGACAACUGCUAUGGAUCAUUGACCAAGGCUGGUUCAGAGACAGGUUAAAGAAUUCUGUGAGCAACUCAGCCUGUCUUGCUGUAUCCCAGAAAACUUUUGCCUGUACCUGCACAUGAAGUUGAUCAUAUAUAAAUUACCACUUAUCAUCAUUUGCUAUUAAUUAUUAUUAUUACUAUUAUAAUUAUUAUUACUGUUAAAUAAAUGCUUUUUUGUUCAGUAAUUUCUGCUUUCCUGAUGUUUGCAAAAGAAAAAGUAAAAAAAAAUAAUUGGUACAUCAUAAAAGUAAGUUAAUAAAUGCAUGAAUAAGUCCAGGGUAAGUGUGACAAGGCAUGUAUGCUUUGGACGUGAAUUAAUUCAGCAGUGUUACGGAUUUUCUUGCCUUAUGAAUGAGUGUGAGUGUGUAUCCGUACAUGUGAGCGGCAGGCACAUGACCUGUAAUUGCUGCGAUAUGUUAAAGCUCAAUAAGUUAGUAUAGAUCAGUUCAGGUCAUGUCAUUUGUUUCUUGUUGCAAAUUUGUUUUUCUUUUAAAUAAUUGUGUAAGGUUUGACUGAGCAUAUCAUUCUGUUAAAUUUUUUGUUGUUUAUUGUGUAAAUGGUUUGGUUUUAAAUGUUCAAAUUUCUCUCUUGUGUAUGUUCUUUCCCUUUUAAAGGUAUGUGUUAGGCCUGAUACAAAAGAUAUUAGAAAUAUCAGUUCACAUUCAAAGAGAGAGAGACUAUAUCUUGAUUCUGAGUGAUGUCUGCAUGCGCUGACUGUGUGUACGUACAAGGGACAAUGCUAUGUGAAACUCAGAAAUGUUACCAUGCAGGAACCCUUCAUUUCCUUCCUUGUCAGCAUGAGACAUUUUUUGUGUUAGCUAGCUUGAAGGGCUUCCUGCUUUCGAAUUAUUUCCAAUAACAUUUUUAAUUGUUUGAACAAGAAAAUUUGCUAGAGACAAAAUGCUAAGUCAAAUGUCUUUCCACAAAAUAGUGAUGACAGCAGAUGGAUCGUAUAUAUAUAUUGUACAAGAAACAGAGCACAAUAAAUGAUGGAUUGAAAUGGAUUUAUUACAUGAAAA